AUGAUGGCGCUGGAGAUCGAAUGUAAGAUCAAUCAACGUAUUUCUCAACUGUUUCGAUUAUUAACAACUCAGCCGUCAAAAAUGACUGAAAACUCUUUGAUUAUUAAUGGUUGCUAUCCUACUCGGUUUGGCAAACGUACUGUUUUUAAUGGUCUGAAGAAUGAUCCCAUGUUUUCGAGUGAAAAAAUUGCUCUUCCAAAGUUAAUGGAUGGUGAAAUACUUGUUAAAGUUCGUUUAGCGUCAAUUUGUAUCAGUGAUGUUCAUACAGUAACAGGUCAAAGGAUAGAGCCAACGCCAAGUGUUUUAGGUCACGAAGCCGUUGUUGAAGUAGUUAGUCAUCGACGUCAACAUAGCGAUUUAAAUGUUGGUGAUCGUUUAACAUUUUCUAUUGCUGAUAGUUGCGGAAAAUGUGAAUUUUGUUUGAAAGGAUUAAAUCAGAAAUGUGCUAAAUUAUUCAAAUACGGUCAUGCCAAAAUAUCAGACGGUUCUGGAUACAAUGGUUGUUAUGCUUCACAUAUUAUUUUACGACGUGGUACUCAUAUUGUUAAAUUACCAGAUCAUAUAUCAGAUAAAAUUGGUGCUCCAAUCAAUUGUGCAUUAGCCACAACAAUGUGCGCAAUGGAACACGUUUCAAAAGUAAAAAAUGGUCGAGCAUUUGUACAGGGAGAUGGCAUGUUGGGACUUUAUACAUCGGCCGCGCUUCGUGAACUCGGAUAUGAGAAAGUUUAUUGUUCGGGAACUCGUGAACGACGCUCACCGUUUAUAAAACAGUUUGGUGCUAUCCCCUUGUAUCAGGAUGAGACCCUUGAAGAAGAAAUGAACAAAAUUGAUGUUGUUGUUGAAGUAUGCGGUUCAUCGACUGUUGUGAAUGAUGGUAUUCGACUUUUAAAACCAGGUGGUUUGUAUUUACUUAUCGGCAUGGUACAUCCACAAUCAAAGUUAGAAAUUACUGGAGAACAAAUUAUUCGGAAAUGUCUUACAAUAAGAGGUAUUCAUAACUAUGCUUCAAGACAUUUAGAUCAAGUUGAUUUACAUCAUAAUUUUCUUUUGUAA